CGUUGUUUGUGAUUGGUCAUAACCUUUUCCGGUGAGGCAUCUUUCCGUCCAAGGACUGUGAAAGCCAGUGUUACAGAGUAAAACAAGGAGGACAACCUCAUCGAAACAACUCAGGUCAGCAGGUCAACAUGGCGUCCAGCAGUACGAACAGUGAAGAGGAGAGGAGUUUGCGGGAGUGUGAACGCUACGUGCAGAAGAACAACAUCCAGCAGCUGCUGAAGGACUGUAUUGUGCAGCUGUGCACCUCUAGGCCUGAAAGGCCUAUGGCUUUCCUCAGAGAAUACUUUGAAAGGCUUGAGAAGGAGGAAGCUAAACAGAUCAUUAGCCAGCAGAAGUCGAGCUCUCGUUCAGACUCCCGUGAAGAUGAGGUCUCUCCUCCCAUGAACCCUGUGGUUAAGGGCCGGCGGCGCCGUGGUGCCAUCAGUGCAGAGGUCUACACUGAGGAAGAUGCUGCUUCCUAUGUCAGAAAGGUCAUUCCUAAAGACUAUAAAACUAUGGCUGCCCUUGCUAAAGCGAUCGAGAAAAAUGUGCUUUUUGCCCAUCUUGAUGACAAUGAAAGAAGUGACAUAUUUGACGCCAUGUUCUCAGUCACCUACAUUGCAGGAGAAACUGUCAUUCAACAAGGUGAUGAGGGUGAUAACUUUUACGUUAUUGACCAAGGUGAAAUGGAUGUGCAUGUCAACAAUGAGUGGGUGACCAGUAUUGGAGAGGGUGGCAGUUUUGGUGAGCUGGCUUUAAUUUACGGUACACCCAGAGCAGCUACUGUCAGAGCAAAGACCAAUGUCAAGCUGUGGGGGAUAGACAGAGACAGCUACAGGAGAAUACUCAUGGGAAGCACUCUGAGAAAGAGGAAAAUGUAUGAAGAAUUUCUUAGCAAAGUCUCCAUUUUGGAAUCUCUGGAUAAAUGGGAACGGUUGACUGUUGCUGACGCCCUUGAGACAGUCAACUUUGAGGAUGGCCAGAAGAUUGUUGUCCAGGGUCAACCCGGAGAUGAAUUUUUCAUUAUCCUUGAGGGGUCUGCAGCAGUCCUGCAGCGACGGUCAGAAAAUGAGGAGUUUGUGGAGGUUGGAAGACUCGCACCUUCUGACUACUUUGGUGAGAUUGCCCUGCUCAUGAACCGCCCACGUGCCGCCACAGUGGUCGCUCGUGGUCCGCUGAAGUGCGUAAAACUUGAUCGUCCCCGGUUCGAACGGGUGCUUGGUCCCUGCUCAGAUAUCCUGAAGAGAAACAUACAGCAGUACAACAGCUUUGUGUCUCUGUCCGUCUGAGAUGCACUAGGCUUUUUCCUCCUCUAUUGCAGGGUCCACCAAUGCAAAUCUGCUUUAUUUUCUUACUUUUCUUUAUGCAUUUUCCAACAAAUAGGUGCCCUUUUACUUCAGUGUUCUCUCUCUGUCUUUCUUUCAAUUUGUCCUGUGCCCUGUCGUAUUUGUAUCCAUCAUAGAUCAAGGCUAAUUGUUAGUUUUGUCUGAGAAACAAGCCAAUUAUUGUGCCACAGAUGCCGUGCAGAUAUUGUGCAGAUUUGUUAUGUCACGUGAACAUAACAAAAAUGUAUCAGGAUUUUCUCUUGCCUCCAAAUUUCUUGAAGUUUCUCUGUAACAGUGUUUCGAAUGGAAGGAUAACUUUGGCAAGACUGACAGUUGUGUGUAUCGACUCAGUAUAUUAUGACGCAUCUUUUUAGCCAUUGAAGAGUUUCAGAUUCAGUUUUCAUUACAAGCGUUCGAAUAUAGGGAAGCCAAAGGCAAAUCCAUGUGUGUUAUGUUGUUUUCUUGAGGGUACUGAAGUUUAAAUAUCACCGUGUUUAUCAUGGUCAUCAGCUUUGCUCUUUUAUUGUUAUAGCUGCACAUAUAUAGUGUAUUUAAUUGAUUAUAUAUUAGAAGUAAAUGACCAUAACCAUAUUUUUUUUGCACAGUUUGAUAUCUAUAUAUACAUAUACAUACACAUGUAUACAUAAAGAACACUUUAUAUGCGCCUGCUGUUUUUCCAUUGUGGCAUUUGAUCCCAUUGCACUGGGGAAACUGCUUUUUUUCAUACUCUGUUGGACGUUCUGUUCUUCCUUCAUCCUCCAUGUGACAUGCACAGGCUUGCACUGGACUCUUAUUUGGAGCAGACCAGGAUUAGUAAAAUUUCCUUUUAAAGUUACACUUUUUUUUUUCCCACAUUUCCUUCUUUCUGGAAUGCCCUCUGUUGCAAAUGCUUUUGAUUGUUUGUUUCACAAAGGUAAUGUUAUUUUCAUUAAUGAAUUAUUUUGUUUAAUCAAAGAAAUGCGGUGGAUAUUAGUAAUGAAAUGUUAAGGUUAUAUUUGUUGUUAAAAUUGUGUUUAAUCAUUAAUAUCGGGAGGGUUUACAGAAAUGUUAGAGGAUCUUUUAAGCUUGUCUGUAAAAACUGAGCUUUGUGACAGACUGAGAAUGUGAGUGUCCUCCUUUUACGCAACAGGAAGUGACUACUUGGUGACCUUGGCCAACCGAUUUAUUUUUUUUUCCCCUUAUUCCUCCCAUUAGCUUUUCUCUCUGUAUGAGAGUGUAUGUGAACUACUUAGAAAUCCCGAAAAGUCUCUCUCUCACUCUCUCUCUCACUCUCUCUCUCUCUCAUUCUUAAGAUGAAAAAGCUAAACCACAUCCAAGUAUGUGGAUAAUAGGGCAGGGCUAAAAAUGUGCAAAUUGUUUCCAAAUAAUUCGUGUCCUUUUUUUGUUUCAGAUUUAGAUUAUUUAUGCUACCCAUAAUUAAAUCAAAGUCUUAAAACAGGACAGUAUUUACCGCUUGUAUUGAGUUCAUGGUAUCUAUAUGCCAUGGGAUAUGGGUUGGGAUCCAUACAACGUUAUGAAAUAGAUUUGCGAUUCACUACUGCCACCACCUUAAUCUCUUAUCGGAUAUUGUUCUUUAAGUAUAGGUUUCUCCAAGUUGUGUUGUACAGUUUUAUUGGGUGGUACAGUAUAGUGUUAACAGUUGCUGAAGUUAGAUUUUAGUUGUCACAAUUGUAUUAUUUUGAAUGAAUUGAUCUGUAUUUUAAUUGUAAUUUUUUUUUCCAUGCAUCUUUGUCAUUCAGAUAUUUAGUAUGCAGAUACCCAGCUCCUUUAUACCACAGACUCGUGUUAUUGCAAGCAAAUUUAGGUUUUGAAAAGUGCCUGAUUAAUUUUAUUUUUAUAAUGAUUAUUUUGCUAUCCCUCUAAUAUAUUCAUAACUGUUUUGUUAGCUUGAUACCUGUAUUACUUAUAAACCUUAAUAUUUUAUUCCAUCCUUAAACAAUCCCCCUAGCAAUGUAAUUGAUUAGUAGAUACCGAGUUAUUUAUUUAGACGUAAAGCUCCAGUAAUUUAGGGUUUGCAUAGAACUUUCCCAAAAUUGCUUUGAAUAUUAAAGCGAGAGACAAGUGAAAUUAUAUAUGUAGUGUGUAUCUUAAAUAUUUGAGUUUGCCCUACUAACCACAUGGAAUAAUUGUUUCAUUUUUCUUCACCUGUUGUCUUUCACUGGCACUUGAUUUUAGAAAGUUUUAUGGUAUGUCAGUGCAGCUGUUUAAGAAAAUAAGAUUUUAUUUAUUUUUAAUUUUUUUGCUGACAUGCUCAUUCACAGAUUUCUGCCACUUUAGUUCUAAGAUUUGAUUAGAAUUUCAGAAUCAUUAAAAUCUUGGUGCUGUAUUUAAAACCACAGAAUUUGCCACCCAGAAUUGCGGGGGAUGUGAAAUUUCAAAUAUAAUAUAGCCUUGUGAUUAACCGUUCCACUGUAGUAUUAAUGAGUGGUUUAUGCCUUAUGAUGGGGUUGAAUAAAUGAACAUGUUUAAUUGUUUAUAAUUGGUAUGAGUCCAUAUAAUGUAAACUGUGACAUCAUUUGAUAGGCAUUUAAUUGCUUACUGAUUAUAGCUCUGUUUAUAUAACUUUAUCGUUCGGCAGUGCAGAAUCGAUGUUUCAAUUUUAGUUAAUUAAAAGGAACUAUCAAUCUUUUUCCAUUUUCUUUUGUUCUGGGGAUAGAUUGAAUGGUUUGUAGCACCACAAUUGCAAUGUUCUUCUUAUUUUAUUAUGAAUUUUUUUUAAUUUUUUUUUUUUAUAACAACUCCAGGCCCUGUAUCCUCAAGAACAU